AUGACGACUCCGCCUCUACCAUACGACAAGGACCAUCAAGGAGUCGAGCUCCCAGGCACCCGUCGACCCGGUCAAACUGGUAUCUACCGACGACGAGGAUUUGAAGACGGACUCCGUUCCAUCCCUGAGAGCCGACCUCAUAUCCGAACCAUCUACGACGCCUUCCAGCAUGGAGUAAACCUAGGCCCAAACAAUCCAAUGCUCGGCCACCGACUCUGGGACCCAAGCACAAAAACUUACGGUCCCUACCAAUGGCAGACCUACCAGCAAGUCAGCGACCGCGUCGAGCGAUUCGGAAGCGGCUUGGUCCAUCUCCACACCCAAAUCCAUGGACUUUCUGAGGCGGUUCAAGGAUGGCGCGUGGGACUGUGGUCGAUUAAUCGCGCAGAGUGGACUAUUGCCAGCGCUUCGACGCUGCUUUAUAAUAUCGUCUCGGUAGGACUUUAUGAUACCUUGGGACCGGAGGCUGUGACUUUUGGGAUUAAUCAUUCAGAGAUCCCAGUUGUUGUUUGUAGUGCGGACCACAUCGCAUCACUCCUCAAGGACUCCUCCAAAAUGCCCGGCCUCAAAAUCGUCGUCAGCAUGGACUCGCUCAACUCACCCACGGACCUCAAAGCCCCCUUUGCCGGACCCAUCCUCCGCACUUUUGCGGCCGACAAGGGCAUUCAGCUGUACGAUUGGGAUCAAGUCGAGGGGCUUGGACGAUUGUUUCCCCAUGCUCAUACCCCACCCAAACCGCAGGAUCCCCUCACUAUUUGUUACACCAGCGGGACGACUGGUCAGCCUAAAGGCGCGAUAUUGACACACGCAAACUUUGUAGCAGCUGUCGCAGCUUCAGAAAUCGGUUACAUCCUCACACCAGACGACACCGGAAUCUCUUACCUCCCCAUGGCCCACGUCUUUGGUCGCGCCUUGGAAAUCCUUCUCUUCAGCACCGGCGGCCGAAUCGGCUACUCUACAGGCGACCCCCUCCGAAUCCUCGAAGACGUCUCUGUCCUCCAACCAACCUUCUUCCCAACCGUCCCUCGACUCCUCAACAGGAUCUAUGCCCGUGUCUAUGCACUUACCGCGGGGGCUCCUGGGUUCGCGGGCGUGGUGGCGAGGAGGGCGUUGGCGGUCAAGUUGGCGAACCUGAAGGCUGGGUUGGGGAACAAGCAUGCGUUUUGGGACCGGGUGUUGUUUAAUAAGGUUCGAAUGGUACUUGGUGGGAAGGUGGAGCGGAUUAUGACGGCUUCAGCGCCGAUUUCUGCGGAGGUGUUGUCGUUCAUUCGGGUCGCGUUCUGUGUUGACAUAUCGGAGGCCUAUGGGCAAACAGAAGUUAAGAGCAGCACAGGAGGAGCGGCAUCAACACAGCGCGGAGAAAUGGAAGCAGGACACGUCGGUCCACCCAGUCCCAUCACCGAACUCAAACUGGUUGACGUCCCCGAACUCAACUACUUCUCAACCGACAAACCCUACCCUCGAGGCGAGGUCUGUGUCCGUGGACCAAACGUGUUUCCGGGGUAUCUCAAGGACGACAAGAAGACAAAGGAGGCGAUUGAUGAUGAGGGGUGGUUGCAUUCGGGGGAUAUUGGGUUCAUUAAAGAGAAUGGAACACUGACCGUCAUUGACCGCAUGAAGAACGUCUUCAAGCUGUCGAUCGGCGAGUACGUAGCAGUCGAGAAAAUCGAAUACCAAAUCGCAUCCCGCCUACCCAUCGCGCUACAAUUCUUUGUCCACGGCGACCCGCACGAACCCUGUCUCGUAUCCAUCUUUGUCCCCGACCCUGACACCUUCCCGGCCUUUGCCAACAACAUCCUUUUCCCCUCUGGUGCAGGAGGACUCACGGGAAAAGUCGAUGAUACCUUCAGGAUCGCAUGCCAGGAUCCUAAACUCCGGCGUGCGGUGUUGCAAGAAGUGACACUUGUCGCCCAAGCUGCCGGGUUGAAGAAGUUCGAGAUCCCAAGAGCAGUGUUGAUUGAACCGAACCUCUUUACGAUCGAGAACGACCUGUUGACACCUACAUUCAAGAUCAAGCGCCACCCCGUCGUCCAAGCCUACCGCAAGCAGCUCGACCAACUUUACCGUGAGAUCCAAUCCACUCCCGACUCCAAGCUCUAG